AAUGUGGUUGGUUGGUAAUCGUGUAGAGUGAAAAAGCUGACUUCGAAAUGGUGUUGAGUGUUUUUAGUUUUCCUGAUGGUUUUAAAUUUCAAAAAAUUGCAAAUUAUUCCAACAUAUUUAAAUUUAAAAUAUCCGAAGACAUCGUUUAAGUUCAUUAAUAAUGGAGAGCAGAGUAAAAUUAAAAAGGAGUCUAUUUCUCUGGCUCGACAAUUGCAGGCGAAGAUUAAAUCUACGGGGCCCAUCAGUGUAGCCGAAUACAUGAAAGAAGUUCUGACAAAUCCUGUAUCUGGAUAUUAUAUGCAUCGAAAUGUGAUUGGAGGGAAUGGAGACUUCAUAACUUCACCAGAAUUGGGGCAGCUUUUCGGAGAAAUGGUUGCAAUAUGGUGUUUCAAUGAGUGGCAAAAAAUUGGCUCACCAAUACCACUUCAGUUGGUGGAGAUGGGUCCAGGCCAUGGCUCAUUGGCAGAAGAUGUUCUUAGAGUAUUUGACCGGUUUGGAGUUAGAAAUGAAGUAAGUCUACAUUUGGUGGAGGUAAGCCCUUAUCUUAGUCAAAUGCAAGCCCAGACACUUUGUGAGAAGACAAUAAGACCAUCAGAACCCACACAGCUGUAUUACCAACUGGGCACAACUGCCAAAAAUAUCCCUGUCUUCUGGUACAACAGUAUACAAGAUGUUCCUCGACAAUUUUCUUGCUUCCUUGCACAUGAGUUCUUUGAUGCACUGCCCAUCCAUAAAUUUCAGAGAACAGAAGCUGGUUGGAGAGAAAUUCUAAUAGACAUUGAUCCAGCAGCUGACACAGUAAAGUUUAGAUAUGUUAUAUCACGAAUGUCUACUCCAGCAUCAAAAGUCCUUAUCAAGGCUGAUGAGAAGAGAGACCAUGUAGAGGUUUGUGCUGAGGGUGGAGUGAUCCUUCAGCAUCUUGCUACAAGGUUAGAAGAAGAUGGAGGUUUUGCAUUAUUUGCUGAUUAUGGACAUGAUGGAAGCAAAACUGAUACUUUCAGAGGUUUCCGCGACCAUCAACUCCAUGAUGCCUUGGUUGACCCAGGCUCUGCAGAUCUUACAGCUGAUGUAGAUUUUUCAUAUUUCAAAACAUGUACGGAGGACAAACUCUUAACUUUUGGCCCUGUGACACAAAGAGAGUUCCUGAAGCGGAUGGGCAUUGAUAUACGCCUUCAGAUUUUACUAAAAAACUGUGAUGAAAAGCAGAGAGAAAAUCUUUUGUUAGGAUAUCAUAUGAUGGUCGACCAAGACAAAAUGGGUGAACGGUUUAAAUUAUUUUCACUUUUCCCUUCUGUCCUUAAGGAGCACCUUAUACGAUUUCCAGUCACUGGUUUUGCAGACUCUUGAAACGUGGCUUAUGAGUGCAGCUCACUCGCUCCAGUUCGGAAGAACUAAAUUUGAGUACAGCAGCGAUAGCAUUCAGCAUAUGUCUCUUAGAAUUUGAAUCACUUGACAGUAGGAAACUCAGCACAACAUUUUUCAGGUAUUCAAGAUUGGCUCCUUCACGUGAUUGACAACGUUGUAAUCUGAAAUAACAAUGAAAUGUUAACCCAAAAGGCUGCAAAGAAUUGGGAGUUCAUAUUUCAGAAAGUAGUGCUCAAGUUACUGUUAGCAUUAAAUAUACAGAAAAAAUCCAGUACCUUUCAAAUGUCCGUAAUAGUACAACAGAUCAAUAAUUUAAACUUUAUGUGAUACUACUCGCAGCUUAUGCUGCAGACCCGUUGCUCACAAUGAUGUUUAUUCUUUUAUCAGAUUUUUCUGGUAUAGGUCUUUUGAACAUCCAGAAAUAAGUACAGAAUUAAAGAUAGUGUGGUGGGUUGUGCUCAGUUGUAAACAGAUUGUAUUCAUAAUAAUAAAUCACAUACAAAGCAUUAUUAUGUAAUUAGUCUGAUCUCUGAAGAUAAUACUUUAUAUACAGAUUAAAAAUGGUAACCAUAGUCAGUUCUAAAAGUACUUGAUGUAUCACAUACCUACUUAGGAUUACAAUCUCUUGUCACUCAAGAGUACCUUGUCAUGUCUUUGCAGUAAGAAACAUAAUUUAAAGAUUUUAGUAUUAUGUAUAUGUGUUUGCAUGAAAUUGUAGAAGAAAUGGUAAAUGGAGAUUUUGUAUGACAGAUUUUACACAUUAAAUUCUUAUCUCUUGGACUAGUAUCCAGGCAUUUUGAAAGCUUA